AGUCAAUGUAUAUAAUGAUUCUUGAAUGAGAAAGACAAGAAGAAAAACCCUGGUUUCCUAUCCGGGCAUAUACUUUUCUAUCCAUCUUUUCAUCCUUUUUGCUACCUCAUUUUCUGAAUGAUAUUCGCUGCUCCAGGAAACAUGUAUAUCCUUUUCCAGCUAUUAUAGUCUCUCUCUUCGCUCUCUUUCUCUCUUACAGACACACACAAACACAAAAACUAGUAUUCCAAGAAGGAAGAAGGGAGAAGGGUUACGCUUAGAAGCAGAAGUGAAAAGAAAUGGGAAGAGCUCCAUGCUGUGACAAAGCCAACGUGAAGAAAGGGCCAUGGUCGCCCGAAGAAGAUGCUAAGCUGAAGUCCUAUAUUGAGCAGCAUGGAACUGGAGGCAACUGGAUUGCUUUGCCUCAGAAAAUCGGCCUCAAGAGAUGCGGAAAGAGCUGUCGCCUUCGAUGGCUCAACUACCUUCGUCCCAACAUUAAGCACGGAGGAUUCUCUGAAGAAGAAGACAACAUCAUAUGCAGCCUCUAUAUUAGUAUUGGAAGCAGGUGGUCAAUUAUUGCUGCACAAUUACCUGGAAGAACUGAUAAUGACAUAAAGAACUACUGGAACACAAGGCUGAAGAAGAAGCUCCUUGGGAAGCAGCGAAAGGAUCAACAUGCUCGAAAAAGUACCAGCCAAAAGCAAGAAAUCCUGCGAAAGGGGAUGAGGGAAAAUAUUAAUCAUAUGGUUUCUUCUUCUUCCUCUGAUUAUAACAGUAACCAAAGUCCCUAUUGGCCUGAGCUGCCUGUACUGCCUCCAGUACCCUACUCAAACGAAGAACCACGCUUUAAUGACCAUGCUUCUAUUAGAAAGUUGUUGAUAAAACUUGGAGGAAGGUUUUCUGACGAUGAUGAUCAACCAACAAAUGGCACCAUGAAUACCAAUCUUCAGUAUCCUUUGGUUAGUACCAAUUCGUUGGUGCAAGUUCAACCACUUUAUGAUCAACAGAUUAAUAUGCUAUCUUCUGCCCCCCUGGAUGUCUUGAAUACAACUUCAUCUUUGCCAGAAACGCUAUACACCAUUGAUGCAGCAGAUUUGUCAACUUUACAAGGACAAAACAGCUUUCAAGCUGGGCUCGAGCAAAUGAUCUGUAACAAUCCUCAGAGAUUAGAUGGUCUUGAGUUCUUAUGCGGGGAUAUUUUGGUCAAUCAUAGGACCGGGAAUACUUGUGGAGGGAGUUCAGAUUGGGGGGACAUGAAUUCUCUGGUACUUCCUGCUGUUGCUUCCGGCUAUGAGGGUCUUCAACAAGGGACGCUGCAAGAAUGUGCAAUUGAUCAAUUGAGGUACCUUGGACCAUGAUAAAGUUCGUGCAUAUUUCAUUUGUAAAUUUGUGUUAUUAGACGAGAGAUUGAAUUUGGAUUAUUUGUCUCGGAAACCCUAAUAAACUUCUUUUUCCUUUCAUUUACUCCAUUUGGACUAAAAUUAUCUAGUUGUCUUGAUGUUGAAAUGGGAGAACUUAGGACUUGGAAGCUAGGAUCGUUUUAUCAGGAUGCAUAAUUGAUUUUUAUUUGGUUCUCCAGCUGAAGUAUCUUAAUUAUGGAAAAGUUGCUUGGGAGUAUAUUUUUUCUGCUGAACUAUAUGGUGAAGCUAGCAGUGCAAAUUAAUUAGUGCUGGUUUUUCCUUCGACAUAAAUGUGCUGAAAAAUCCCACAAACUUCCAUUGUGGCCUCCACAAAAUGAACCUAACUAGUAAAGUAAAUUCCUUUGACAUUUUGGCAACAACUUGGUUGAGCUUUGUGGAGUAGGCUAUUUUUCAAACU